CAAUGAGCAUGCCGCCACACACGAUUUGAACGUCUAGCCAAUGGACGGGUCGCACACAGACCAAUGGCAAGCAUUUUCCUAUGUGCUCGGAUUUCGGCCCCGCACGAGACGCAUCAAAAGCCAAACUCAGCCUCCUUUCAAAGGAUCUGGCGGUAAGCGCUUGCAGUGAGGUGCAUUCUGGGCUGAAGCGCACUAAACACCGACUGGCCCCGCUAAAAUAAAAUCCCUGCUAGAUAAAUCCCAAGAAGCGGGAUGUCAACCGAAAUCAAGGAAAUCAUGGAUUGGAGAAGGGCUGGCUGGGGCAACUUUGGAAAGUAUGGCUCUGAACAUUUGCUACCUUGUGCAUCGUGGCAAGGAUUUGUUGAGACUAAAGCUUGCAUUGCAUGCUUCAGCUGCGUACCUAGUCAGCACCUUCUCAUAAUGUACGCGGUACUUUUGAACAUCGGGCUUCUCGGCCUUGCUUCAUUUGGCCUUGGAGCCACGAUCCGCCUCGAAUCUCGGUCAAUCAACACUACGAACCCAGCGUAUAACAAAACUUUGACAGAAGAACUGGAGCUCGCUCCGACAGUCGUCGAUCGCUUUACGAUCCUGAAGAACCAGGGACCAUCAGAUGCGUACUUCAAAUACAACUUCAACUUGGCCGUGAACCCCAGUCCAGGUGGAGGCACUGGCCGUGGUGGAUCUGGCGUACUUGCCAACCGCAAGAACUUUCCAGCACUUAUUGGUCUUGGAGUUGCUGCUUCAGUUGGAUUUAUGAACCCCUGCGGCAUGAACACGCCCCACACCCAUCCACGAGCCACAGAAUUCUUGACCAUUGCCUCGGGAGGGAAUGUAAAGACAGGAUUCAUUCAGGAGGAGGGUGAGGACACUGAACUCACGACCGUCCUCGACCAAUACGAAGGAGCAAUUUUCCCAAUGGGGAGUAUUCAUUACGAAUUCAAUGACAACUGUGAACCUGCAGUGUUCAUUGCGGCAUUUGGUAGUGAUGAUCCAGGGUUGAGUCGCACAGCACAGAACUUCUUCGGAUUGAAUCCUGAUAUCGUGGAUGCUGAUCUUGGCUUUCCAACCUUCUUGGACCACACCAACAUUGCACAAUUCGCGACUACGAUCCCACCUGCGUUCGCUCUUGGGGCAAGGUCUUGCUUGGAUCGAUGUGGGAUCAAGUACUAGUAUAAGUCAGCUAUUGCAUGUAUACAUAGUUCAAUCAAGAAGCUCCAUUGAUCAGCAUGAACUGAAAUGCUUCA